UCCACUUUGUCGCCCUUCACAAUUUUUCAUUUAUUUGUCCUACGGGUAAAAUGAAUAGCGUUGCAAGAGUAUCAAAUCAAACCAUUGUACGACGGUCUGGAAAUUACAAGCCUCCUAUUUGGAAACAUGAGUACAUUGAAUCACUAAAUAGUGAAUUUAAGGGAGAAAUAUAUGUAGAACGCUUCAAUAAACUUAAAGAAGAGGUAGAUGUGAUGAUAAACCAAAUAAUAGAUGAUCCUCUAAAGCAACUCGAGCUGAUUGAUACUUUACAACGACUUGGAAUCUCAUAUCAUUUUGAGAAUGAAAUUAAAAAUGUGUUGAAAAGAACACACCAGAAGCGCAAUGAAAGUGAUGUUUCGGAAAAGAAUGAUCUGUAUGCAACAUCACUUAAAUUCAGACUUCUAAGACAACAUGGUUUCAACGUUUCACAAGAGGUUUUUCAUAAUUUCAAGGAUGAGACGAAGAACUUUAGCACAAGACUCUAUCAGGAUUUAAAUGGAAUGCUAUCAUUGUAUGAAGCUUCGUUCUUAUGUAUAGAAAGUGAGAACAUUUUAGAGGCAGCAAAACAUUUUACAAUAAAUUAUUUGGAAAAGUACAUGAGAUCAUGCAAAGAUAAAUAUGAAGCAUCCAUUAUUAGACAUGCGUUGGAGCUUCCCUUACAUUGGCGAAUAACAAGAUUGGAUACAAGAUGGUUCAUUGAUAUCUAUGAGAGAAAAGUGGAUAUGAACCCUAUUCUUCUAGAAAUUGCUAAAUUAGAUUUCAAUCGAGUGCAAUCUAUCCACCAAGAAGAUCUUAAAUAUGUAUCAAGGUGGUGGAGGAGCACUGGAUUUAACGAAAAGUUGAGCUUUGCAAGAGAUAGAUUGAUGGAAAAUUUCUUUUGGUCGAUGGGUAUAGGAUUUGAACCUGAGCUCUCAUAUUUUAGAAGAAUGUGUACCAAAGUUGGUGCAAUAAUAACAACAAUAGAUGACAUUUAUGAUAUAUAUGGCACAUUAGAUGAACUCGAGCUCUUUACUAAAGCUAUAGAGAGGUGGAAUGUUGAUGCCGUAGACCUACUUCCUGACUAUAUGAAAAUAUGUUUUCUUAGUCUCCACAAUUCUAUAAAUGAGAUGGCUUUUGAUGCACUAAGAGACAAAGGUAUUAAUGUGAUCCAAUAUCUUAAGAAAACGUGGGUAGAUUUGUGCAAAUCUUAUAUGUUGGAGGCUAAGUGGUAUCACACCGGGUAUCAACCAACUUUGGAAGAAUAUCUAGACAAUGCAUGGAUUUCAAUAGGAGGAUCAGUUAUAUUAAUUCAUUCAUAUGUUUUUGUGACAUCUCCAAUACUCGAAGACAUGAAGAGCUUGGAAGAACAUAUUGAUAUAAUUCGUUGUUCUUCCUUAAUUUUGCGACUUGUUGAUGAUCUUGGAACAUCAACGGUUGAAUUAGAAAGAGGUGAUGUUCCAAAAUCAAUACAAUGUUAUAUGAAUGAUACAGGGGCUUCAGAGAUCAAUGCUCGUGAACAUAUAAAGAGUUUGAUUGAUGAGACAUGGAAAAAGUUAAAUACAGUGGAGGUCGAGAAUUCAAUAUUUCCUCAUGUGUUCAUCGAGAUAGCUAAAAAUCUUGCUAGAAUGGGACAAUGCAUGUAUCAAUAUGGAGAUGGAUAUGGCACUGGGUGCCAAGAAAUAAAUGAUGGUGUAAUGUCUCUACUUAUUCAACCCAUUUCCAUACAACCUAUUUGAUGACGUAUCUAAAGAAGUUGAUACAGACUUGUAAUAAAGUACAUUACUUUCUUUUAA